AUGUUCUCUCGCCAGUCGUUACGUUUAUUUUCAUCGUCUGUUCAGAGAUCUGCCAAAACUAAACUUAAACAUAAAAUGUCUGCAGCACAAGCUACCAAUGCAGAGUUCUCCAGAGAGGCUCUUGAAUCUGUUCUAAAACGUCGUUUCUUCUUUGCACCAUCUUUUGAAAUCUACGGUGGUGUCUCUGGUCUUUAUGACUAUGGUCCUCCAGGUUGUGCUUUACAAGCCAAUAUUGUCGAUACAUGGAGAAAGCACUUUGUUCUUGAGGAAGACAUGCUUGAAGUUGAUUGUACCAUGCUUACCCCUCAUGAAGUUUUGAAAACAUCAGGCCAUGUUGACAAAUUUGCAGAUUGGAUGUGUAAAGAUCCAAAGUCUGGUGAGAUUUUCAGAGCAGAUCAUCUAGUCGAAGAAGUUAUUGAAGCUAGACUCAAGGGUGACAAAGAAGCUAGAGGUAUCAAAGUCGAAGAAGUCGAAGAGGAAGACGAUCAGAAGAAGAAGAGAAAGAAGAAGGUCAAGGAAAUCAAGGCCGUCAAGCUAGACGAUGAAACCGUUGCUGAAUUUGAAACUAUUCUAGCUAAAAUCGAUGGUUUCUCUGGUCCAGAAUUGGGGCAAAUCAUGAUUAAAUAUAAUAUUGGCAACCCAGUCACAGGGGAUCCAUUAGAACAACCAGUUGAAUUCAAUUUGAUGUUUGAAACUGCCAUUGGACCAUCUGGACAAUUGAAGGGUUAUCUGAGACCUGAAACUGCUCAAGGUCAAUUCUUAAAUUUCAACAAGUUAUUAGAUUUCAACAAUGAAAGAAUGCCAUUUGCUUCUGCUUCGAUUGGUAAGUCCUUCAGAAAUGAAAUUUCUCCAAGGUCCGGAUUAUUGAGAGUCAGAGAAUUUUUGAUGGCUGAGAUUGAACAUUUUGUUGAUCCUGAAAAUAAAUCCCAUGCUAAUUUUGAUUCGGUCAAGGAUUUGGAAGUUUCCCUUUUAUCAAAGGAAGUCCAACAAGCAGGUAAAACUGACAUCUUGAAGAUUACCAUCGGUGAAGCUGUCAAACAAGGCAUUAUUGACAAUGAAACUCUAGGUUACUUUGUUGGUAGAAUCUACAAGUUCUUAGUCAAAAUUGGUAUCAAUCCUGAGAAAAUGAGAUUCAGACAACACAUGUCCAACGAAAUGGCUCAUUAUGCACAAGAUUGUUGGGAUGCCGAAUUACAAACAUCCUACGGUUGGAUUGAAUGUGUUGGUUGUGCAGAUAGAUCUGCGUACGAUCUAUCUGUUCAUGCAGCAAAGACGAAAGAAAAGUUGGCGGUCAGAGAGGCUUUGAAGGAACCAAUUACCGUUGAAGAAUUUGAAUGUAAUAUCGAAAAGAAAAAGUUUGGUCCUUUAUUCAGAAAAGAUGCUCCAAAAGUGGAGGAAUGGUUAUCAUCUAGAACUCAGUGUGAUCUUGAAAACUUAGCCAAGGAAUUGGAAACCAAACUAAAGAUUACAACCAAGAUCCCAGGUAUUGAUGCAGAAAAUGUGGAAAUUCCUGGUGAACUAGUCAAGAUUGAAAAGAAGAGGAAGACAGUCCACAUCAGAGAAUAUACUCCAAAUGUUAUCGAACCAUCUUUUGGUAUUGGUAGAAUCAUUUACUCUGUUUUUGAACACUGUUUCUGGACUAGACCAGAAGAUUCAGCUAGAGCUGUUUUAUCUUUCCCACCAUUGGUUGCGCCAACUAAAGUUUUGGUCGUUCCAUUGAUGAACAAUAAGGAGUUACAGGACGCUACGAAGGAGGUCAAGUCUGUCCUUAGAAAGGCUCAAAUCCCAUUCAAGGUUGAUGAUUCUGGUGCUUCCAUCGGCAAGCGUUACGCCAGAAACGACGAGUUGGGUACUCCAUUUGGUAUUACGGUUGACUACGACACCAUUGAGGAUGGCUCUGUCACUUUGAGAGAUAGAGAUUCUACCUUGCAAGUCAGAGGUGCUCUCGCUGAUGUUGUUGCUGCUGUGCAAAAUAUCACUUACAAGGGUAUCUCCUGGGAGGAAGGUACUAAGAACUUGACCAAGUUUGAAUCUAAGAGUGACGAAUAG